GCGGCGGCGGCGGCGGCGGAGGCGGGCCGGUUGCUAAGACGUGGGGCAGCGCUGCGCUUCCGCCCGUCUCCUCAGUCGGAGCCCCGCCGAGGAUGGACCCCACCCUGGGUGUCGAGGAGCCGCGCGGAGCCGCGAAGGCCAGGGGCCCCGAGCGAGAGCCGGCGUGGCAAGCCCUCCCCGUCCUGUCUGAGCAGCAGUCCGGCGCCGUGGAGCUGGUGCUGGCCUACGCCGCGCCCAUCCUGGACAAGCGCCAGACCUCGCGCCUCCUCAAGGAGGUGUCGGCCGUCCACCCGCUGCCCGCACAGCCUCACCUCAAGAGGGUGCGGCCCAGCCCCGACCCCGGGCGUCCACACGCGCUGGAGAUGCUGCUGUGCCUGGCGGGGCCGGCCGCGGGCACGCGAUCGCUGGCCGAGCUCCUCCCGCGGCCGGCCGUGGACCCCCGCGGCCUGGGGCAGCCCUUCCUGGUGCCUGUGCCCGCGCGGCCGCCCUUGACCAGGGGCCAGUUCGAGGAGGCGCGCGCCCACUGGCCCACGAGCUUCCACGAGGACAGACAGGUGACCCGCGCCCUGGCCGGGCGGCUCUUCUCAGCACAGGAGCGGGCGGCCAUGCAGGGCCACAUGGAACGAGCCGUGUGGGCCGCGCAGCAGGCGGCCGGCAGGGGCCUGAGGGCCGUGGGCGCCGUGGUGGUGGACCCGGGCUCGGGCCGUGUGCUGGCCACGGGCCACGACUGCAGCGGCGCGGCCGGGCCCCUGCUGCACGCUGCCAUGGUGUGCAUCGACCUGGUGGCCCAGGGCCAGGGCCGCGGCGCCUACGACCUCGCGCCCCACCCCGCCUGCUCCUUUGUCCCAGCUGCCGCGCCCCCGGGCGUCCGUGCGGGCUGCGUGCGCAAGCUGGCUGAGGCCGAGGUGGAGAACGCGGACAGCCUGCCCUACGUGUGCACCGGCUACGACUUGUACGUCACCCGCGAGCCCUGCGCCAUGUGCGCCAUGGCCCUGGUGCACUCCCGCGUGCGGCGCGUCUUCUAUGGGGCACCCUCGCCCGACGGCGCGCUGGGCACCCGCUUCCGCCUGCACGCCAGGCCCGACCUCAACCACCGCUUCCAGGCCUUCCGCGGCGUGCUGGAGGCCCAGUGCCGCCGGCUGGACCCCGACGUGUAGGCCCGGCCCGGCCUCUCCGAUGUGGCCAGGGCGCUGCCGCCCGUCUCGCCUGAGCGACACUCACGCCGUUCCCGCCUGCACGUGGGGCUCGUGCCCGUCUGGACCAGCUCUUCCCCGGAGUUGGACGUAGCGGGGCUCUGGCUGGCUCAAGUGGCCGGGCAGCUUCAGACCUGGGUUCCCGGGGGCGUCAGGACUGUCUCCCCUUUUCUCAGGUGUC